GUUUACUAAGUUACUACUAUAAACACUGACGACGGUCUACUAAUUCUAGCUGGUAUAGUGCUUACCGCUAAUUCUGGCUGCCAACAAGGUGACGCGGCCUUUGACUUAGAAUAUAACCUGAAACGUUACGAACCUUCACAGCAAAUCUCAGUGAACCCUGCCAGUGACUCGGAAUUAGCUCAGGUGUAUGCAGCAUGACCCACGACACCAAAACCAGUUUACCCCCAUUUCUAGAAUCCCUAGCACCAGAUUCCAGCGUUCCAUAUAUAAAUGCUCUUUGUCCUGCCAGUGAUGAUAUACCACCUGUACAUGUGCACUGGUGGCCUUGCAAACGAGUAGGUGUGUCACCCUCCACAAUUCUGCUCUUUAUACCAGGAAAUCCUGGAAUGAUUGACUUUUAUCAUCCAUUUCUCACUGCAAUACACAACCAGGACAGGUCUGGGACACUGGCGAUACUGUCGCAUUCGCAUAUCGGACAUGACCCUGCUGCGCCGGCAAGCCACACUCCAUUUAAUCAUACGUUGCCGUUUCAGAUACAAAAUUCCCUUCGAAUUUUUGAUGUUAUGAGCCUCUCUUUUGGUGCCAAUACACGUACCGUGAUCGCUGGCCACAGCGUUGGUUCAUGGGUAGCUCUGCAGGUCUUGAAACUACGAUCCACUGCCGUUGCAGGGGUUUUCUUCCUUUUCCCGACUCUCACAGACAUUGCUUGUACACCGAAUGGUCGACUCUUGUCGCGAUUGUUUCGGCCUCCGUUUCCGCGCAUUGUAUCACAGGUUGCUCGGUUAUUGCGUCUUAUGCCCCUAACCAUCCUUUGUCGGUUGUUUCCACAAUACCCGAUCUCCCAAGCUCGCGUCCUUCAGUCAUUUCUGCUAUCUCCUUCGUCGAUAUUUGCGGCGAUGACGAUGGCACACGAUGAAAUGCUCAGCAUCAGAGAACUGGACGUUGCCACCUUGGACACAUAUCGACAUCAGAUUUGGUUUUACUUCGCAGAGACCGAUGACUGGGUUGACCAAGGAAGAGAAACGAUUCUCCAGGUCUUCAAGGCAGAUCCUGGCACUGUGAAAGUCGUGCACGGACACUACGAGAUCCCGCAUGCGUUCUGCAUCAUGAAGAACUAGCAGCGGAGUGCUAUGAGUGGCUCGUUUCUGGGGGAUUUGUAUGACAUUAGACGCACUGCCACUUUUACCCUUAACCACCAAUUAUAUAUUGCGCUGUUUAUCACGCCGUUCUGCAGUUCUCUUCCAUUUUGCUUUCAUUGAUAAAUACAUAUUGAGCUACAGUUGCAGCAAAGUUGCAGUACUACCAGCAAUGUUGUUAUUAACCUGGGUUAUAACGUGUACUAUCCCUUCCGGUGCAAUUGGUACCCCACAGAAGUGGGUAGUCAUGCAAA